CAGUCGCCACUGGGUUGUUGCAGCGACAGCACGUGCGCGUUGUGUCUAAAAGGUGUCCCCACUUGCGUUUAAAUGCGCGAAUGUUUAUUGCGAUCGUCUAAAUGUUGUGAUGUAAACAAACAGAAAUUGUUUGACUCACGAUGCGGCGGAUGUAAAUAAGGAGUCUGUGAUUCGUUGUAUUUUUUCAUUAAGUGCUCGUGUACAGCUGUGUUUUGUUAACUUUAAGACUUAAGAGCGUUGGAGUAAACCAGUUGAGUGAUUAAAUGUUAAAGAUACAUUGUGUUUGAUGGAUGAUUAAGAAAUAACGGAUGAUAAUGAGGUGCAGUUAAAGGUGGUGUGGUUAGCAGACGGGCCGCUAUGAACUCGGACGUGCACCGACACCAGGCCCAUCCACCGCUUGCCCAGGUACACGGCGUACACACGGGGGCGCAGAGCGUGGGCUGCGGCUGGUACUCAGCGUCGACCGCGCCGGCUCCCACAGCGCCCGCGCGCGUCAAGAGGGCGCAUCCACCACCACAAUUACCAAUUGGAGGAGGCGGUGUAGUGAUCAGUAAUGGUCCACACGUGCCCCUCUCGCCCACCGCUCUGCAGAAUUCUAUACAACAUAAUCUGUCGUACAGCGCGAAGUGUGACGUGUCGCUCGGCCAGCAGAACGUGAUGUCGUCGUCGGUGCGCGCGGUCGCGCCCGCCGGCCCCGCGCCCGCGCCCGCCGCCAUGCACACCUCGCAGACAGCUCCCGCUGUAUCGAAGGGCGCAAGCGACGUGUUGGUGAACUCGUCGGCGCAGAACCCGCCCGCUGUCACGCGGCUUGUCAACAUGUCCCAGUGGCCAUGGCACCACGGUGCGAUAUCCCGCGAGCGCGCGGAGGCGCUGCUGUCGGGCUCCCCGGACGGCGUGUUCCUCGUGCGAGAGAGCACCAACUUCCCCGGAGACCACACGCUCUGCGUGCGUUUCAGGGGACGUGUUGAACAUUACCGGGUAAAAUGGGCAACUGCACCCGACAGUCAAACGCAACGUCUAACGAUUGACGAUGAGGAGUUCUUUGACACGAUGACGAAUUUAAUAGAUCAUUAUGUUCAAGACGCGGACGGUCUUUGCACGAAGCUGGUCCGAUGUUUGCCGAAGUCGGCGAUCAACGGCGCCAACAACAACGGUGUGCUGCAGCCGCCGUAUCCACCGCACCCACCUCAACCUCCCCCGUACCCGCCGACGCCGAGCGUGUCGAGCGCGCUGAGCUCGGGCCACUUCCAGCACACGUACGCGGCGCAGCCCGCCGCGGACCAGCCCGACGGCGCGCUGCAUCAGAGAUUUGUUGAUGCACGUUGGAUAAUAGCUGAACGAGAUUUGGAGAUAAGGGAAAACAUCGGCAAAGGCGAGUUCGGCGACGUGAUGCUGGGCAUCCUCAACGGCAACCAGAAGGUGGCCGUCAAGAUACUGAAAGACAGAGAAGCGGCGAGCAAGUUCCGAGCUGAGGCCAGUGUGAUGUCGUGAGUAUAC